AAAGAUAGUGCAUUUUUGGGGUUCACAUUUGUUUACAAACAUUCCAAUCACAGUUGUGUUGAGGUAUGACAAUAGAUGCGGUGGAAGUUGUGUGACACAGAUAGCGCGUGUUUGAAAACAGGAUAUGGGCUUUGUAUAUCGUAGCAGCAUUACGCUUUGUUGUAAGAAACUAUGUAUUCGUUUCCCAUAUUCAGUGCGGGCGGAAAGGAAACAAUGGUUCCGUUUUUCUCAGAGGUUAAUGAACGUCGCAGGCGCAGAUUCGGAGUCAAGAAAAAACAAUGGAGAAAUUAACACUGUAGCUGUUUCGAAUAUUCGUAACUUUAGCAUAAUAGCGCAUGUUGAUCAUGGUAAAAGCACUUUGGCAGACAGACUUCUUGAAAUUGCUGGAGUUAUAGACCCAGUCGAAGGACAGACACAAGUUCUUGACAUGUUGCAAGUGGAAAAAGAACGUGGCAUAACCGUUAAAGCCCAGACUGUCUCAUUGAGUUACAAGUAUAAAGAUCACGAGUAUCUGUUAAAUUUAAUUGAUACGCCUGGACAUGUUGACUUUUCUAAUGAAGUGUCAAGAUCGUUAGCAGCAUGCCAGGGUGUCAUUCUGUUAGUGGACGCCAAUCAGGGAGUUCAGGCGCAAACAGUAGCCAACUUCUAUCUCGCAUUCUGCAGAGAGUUAACUAUAAUUCCAGUUAUGAACAAAGUUGAUUUAAAAAACGCCAAUCCAGAUGCAGUGACAGAGCAGCUGAAGACUUUGUUUGGCAUAAAUGAGGAAGAUGUUCUAAGGGUGUCUGCAAAGUUUGGCACUGGUGUCAAAGAACUAAUUCAUGCUGUUAUAGAAAGAGUACCACCUCCAAAAGUGGACAGAAAAGCUCCAUUUAGAGCACUGAUUUAUGACAGCUGGUAUGAUAGGUACAGAGGAACAAUAAUUUUGAUGUACAUAAGAGAUGGAAGCCUGAAGAUAGGGGAUGAAAUUCAAUCUGUCCACACUAAAAAAGUGUAUACUGUAAAAAGUCUUGGACUUUUAAGACCACAAGAAGAACAGGUGCCUGUGCUAGCGGCUGGACAGGUUGGAUUUAUAACAUGUAACAUGCGGUCCACUAAAGAAGCUCAUAUAGGUGAUACAUUUCAUUUAAAGGAUAUGACUGUAGAACCUAUUGAAGGAUUCAAGCCAGCACAGCCCAUGGUUUUUGCUGGAGUUUAUCCAAUGGAUCAGUCACAACAUGUUGCUCUGAGAGGAGCUAUUGAGAAACUUGUUCUUAAUGACCCAGCUGUUUCUGUGUCUGUGGAUUCUAGUCCUGCUUUAGGGCAGGGUUGGCGGCUGGGUUUCCUUGGGCUGCUUCAUUUAGAAGUUUUCAGCCAGAGGUUAGAACAAGAGUAUGGGGCACAAGCCGUGCUGACAGCCCCCAGUGUCACUUACAAAGCCAAAAUAAUUGGAGAAAAGAACAUUAAACAUUAUGGAGGAGAAGAGAUAUUAUUUUCAAAUCCCUCUCACUUUCCACCUACAUCAAUCAUAGCUGAGUUACAAGAACCAACAGUCAUGGGGACAAUUAUAACUCCAGAUAUUUUUAUUGGCAGUGUUAUUUCUCUUUGCAUGGAAAGAAGAGGCAUACAAAAGACAGCCACAAAUAUUGACAAUAACAGGGUAAUGAUGCAGUUUAUUCUGCCAUUAAAUGAAAUUAUUGUUGAUUUUCAUGACGAGUUAAAAUCUGUAUCAUCAGGCUAUGCAAGUUUUGAUUAUGAAGACCAUGGAUAUGUCCCGUCACAGCUGGUAAAGCUUACAAUAAUGCUUAAUGGUGUUGCCGUGGAUGAACUGAGUACGAUUGUACAUAUAUCCAAAGCAGUAAGUUGUGGACGCAAAAUGUGCGAAAAAUUGAAAGAGAUUAUUCCAAGGCAGAUGAUACAGAUAGCCAUUCAAGCUUCUGUUGGAGGGAAGAUUGUUGCACGAGAAACUCUAAAACCUUACAGAAAAGAUGUCACUGCUAAGCUGUAUGGUGGUGAUGUCACUAGAAGAAUGAAGUUACUGAGAAGACAAGCUGAAGGCAAGAAGAAAAUGAAAAUGGUUGCUAAUAUUGGUCUUCCUCGAGAAACAUUUAUUGAUGUUCUCAAGCGUUAAAUUAAAGAUUAUUUACUAUUGUUAUAACUACGGUAUUAUUGCUUUCAUUUCCACUUGUAUUUAAACUUCCUUUUUGUGCAAAAUUUCGACUGAUAAAUAACAAAGAAUUAAGACUUGAAAUUUUGUAUGUUGAACACGCAUUUUUAUAUCAUUGGAGUAAGCUGGGAACUUAUUGGCAUUUCUGUCAUUCUGAAAUUAAUAUCGUAUUAAAAGGACCAAUAUAAAGGCUUUGCAAGUAUCCUGUUCACACAUUUUAGCAAAGGCUCUUUCAUUCAUAUGUGUGGCAUGAUAAAAUCUGAAUUCCAGAUGUAUGAGAAUAUUUGUGAGAUAGGGGAAGUAUUCCUCUACUAUGCUUCCUCAAAAUUAUAUUGGUUUAGUUUCAAACUUUUACAUGAUUUGAAACAUGUCUUGGUAAUUUUCACAAAAGUAAAAAAGUAAGCCAUCUACAUUAUUCUUCAUAUCAGUGACACAGAUGUACAUCUAAUACAUAGAUGGAUCUUGUUUAGAAGCUGAGAAGAAAUUUAAGAUUGAAAUCUACUCACAAAUUAUGUACAGUUUUCCAGGAAGGUAGUGCAGCCAUCUACAGUUGCACUUAAUGAGAUAACCCUUAUAAUGAAGAAGCAAGAGGCAAUAAAACCAAACUAAAUAUGCAAGUGUUAGCACAUUAGGCAGCUUAGGCUCCUGUGGUUAUCUUCAAUAGCUUCUCUUCUUUAAUUAUUAUAUAAGUACCCAGAAUGGGAAGGAGGUAUACAGGGGAUAAGCAAAAUAAUGUGAACACAUUUACUUACUUGGGAAUGGUUUAUUAAUAAGGGGCUGGACCCUCAUUUGCCCGUAAUACAGCUGUGAUUCUUCUUGGAAUACUGGCAUAUAAUGAUUUAUAGUCUCCAGAGGAAUGUUAUGCCAGUCUUUGAUCAGAACCUCUUCUAACUCCUGUAGUGAUGAGGGAGGCAGAAAUAUGGUCUGGAGUUUGCACUCCAAUACUGCCCCGCAACAUUCAAUAAUGUUCAAGUUCAAGGACUGUGAUCACCAUGGAAGAUGCUGCAGUUCAGUUGCAUGUUCCUCAUACCAUGAUUGUACUGUCCUGGCUGUGUGAAUGGGUGCAUUGUUGGGAAAUAACAUUUGAAUCAUUGGAUGCACUUGAUCAACUAAAAUGUUCACAUAAUUGUUUGCUGUAACAGGCCUUUGAGAGUAUUGAUGGGACCAGCAGAAUACAGUGAUAUGGGUACCCAAUCAAUCACACUUCCUCCUCCAUGCUUAACCGUUGGAAUCAAGAAGACGUGUUUGCACUGAUCAGCCAUCCAGGAUUUAUGCUCCUGAUACCAUGUUUUAUACUUCUCAGUGUUAGUUGUCAUCACUUAUGGUUUUGGUAUAACAGCUCGUCCGUGAAUAUUUGCUCUAUGGAGUUCUUAGCAGACAGUUUCAUAGAUAUGGCAUCUCAAAGAUGGCUGUUGAGCUCGUCAGUCACUUAAGCUGACGUCGUUUCAUGUUGUUUUAACACAAUUCGUGUUAGUUUAUGAUGAUCUCCCAUUUAGUUUUGAUUUGCACUCACUAUUACAUUUACAUGAUAAUGUCUUUCUUUGUUUUGUGUAGGCUGUCAUGACUGUUGAAACAGUUGCUCUUGAAACAUUCAAUAAUUUGGCUGUCUUGGGUACUAAUGCUCCAACUUAUCAGGACCGACAAUCUGCCAUCUUUGAAACUCUGUUAGGUCUGUGCAUUACCUGCGUUGCUGACCGUCAAGCACAACCAUCCCAUUACUCCCACUGUUCACAUUAUUUUUCCUAUCCCCUGAAUAUCUAGAGACAGAAUUAACAGACUAUGUUAUACAAAUAAAUGCUUUUUAUUGUUGUUUAGUUUUCUGCUCCAUUUACAGUACAGAUGAGGAAUGAAGUUUAUUUUUUAUUACGUGCAUUUAACAAGAUAGUUGAUGGCUGAAUAGGAAGUUUGUGUUUGGGUGACAGGGUAACAACAGGCUUCUUUUUCUCGUUUUAUUCUCUCUGAAAAGUGAAUUUUAUUUUAUUAAUA